AUGGUAGGCCCGUCCGACCUCCUCAAUGUCUGUCUCCCUCUCUUCCAAAGAAUAAAAAUCAGACCAUCUAAAGACCACAAAUCAGUAUCAGACCAUCUCCUCUUUGCAAGAUCUUCAUCAACGACAUUGGGUAGCUUGCCACCACCAAAUCCUCACCGUCUUCAAACGGUUGUUGUGGUGAUGAUGUUUGCCAGUGGUGGUGUCAGCGGUAGAGAGAAGGACAAUGAAGUGUUGGAGACCCAUACCACCCACCUUUGUAUAUGAAGAGGUUUAAAAAAUGAAAGAAGUUUGCUGCUGGUUUGAAAAAUGGAAGAAGUUACCUACCAGCUACGCAAGUUUAAGAAAAUGGAAGAAGUUUACGACUAAGAAGGGCAUUACAUUCUUUGACUUGCGUUCAUUUUGGAGGGAAAUAAUUAUUUGUCAUGCC